AUUGCUCUAUCUUCGAACCCUUCAAAACUCUCCCUCUCUUCCAAAUUCACCCCCAAACCCUUCGUCAAGUUACACCCUAACUCCUCCCUUCCCACCAAACUCAAACAACUCCCCUCUUUCAAGAUCCUUUCCUCUCUUUCCCAACCAGCACCACCACCACCAAACUCAAACCUCACCGCCCCUAAAACCCUGAAUCUUGUCUCCCUCCUCCGUGCUAUCCUUGACUGGGCGGAUCGUAUUCAAGAGCGUGGGAUGCAACAGAACCGCGGUCUUUACAACCACGAAAAAUGGGUUCGUCAUAGAAGUUCACUACGUCAUCUUCGGCAUGUACUUUCCAGUUUACAGUCACGUGUCAUCUUAUCAUUGGUGCCACCUGUUUUAGCCUUUACUUCAGUAGCUGUGGUCAUUGCCAGUUACAACACUGCCGCGGAUUUGCAUUGGUUGCCUGGGUUUUUCCCAGUUUUGAGAGCUUCUUCUUUGCCUUAUCAGUUGACGGUGCCUGCAUUGGCUUUGCUGUUGGUGUUUAGAACUGAGGCCUCGUAUUCAAGGUUUGAAGAAGGAAGGAAAGCUUGGACUAAGGUAAUUGCUGGUACAAAUGAUUUUGCAAGCCAGGUAAUUGCUUGGGUUGAGAAUUCGAGUGAUGAGUCGAUCAAAAGUGCUCUCUUGCACUAUAUUAUGGCUUUUCCUGUUGCACUUAAGUGUCAUGUUAUGUGUGGCUCGGAUGUGGGCAGAGAUCUUCAAAAUUUGCUUGAAGUAGAUGAUUUAGCUGUGGUACUGAAUUCAAAGCAUCGACCACGCUGCAUAAUCGAGUUCAUUUCUCAAAGCCUUGAAGUGUUGAACUUAGAAGAAUCAAAGAGAACUAUGAGUCGAAGAUCUCAUGUUUCCAUGAAGGAAUUGGUGUAUGUGAAAAACUCACGGGUUGGUGUUCUUAUUGAAGAGCCAUUUCCAAUGUUAGCCCUUGAUGAGCUUUGCAGCGUGGUGCAGAAAAACAUUAAAGAAGAAAUUGCAACAGAGAAGGCUAUUCAAGCAAGAUUAAAUGGAAAAAGAAAGAGGCAUUCAUACAAGCAUUCACCUAAUGGUUGGCCCAACACAUAAUGAAACCGAAAAUUUCUUAAGGCUGU